AUGUCGAUCGAGAAAUCCAAAGAGGAACUCGAGCUCGAGAAGCUGGUUUUUGGAGAUAUCGAAAGUUUCGACAAGGCCCUGACCGAUUUCAGAAUUGAAGAUUCCGAGGCCAGCGAAUCGGAAGCGGAAGAGGACCCAGAUCUUGAUGGAGUCCCCGGCGAUAACUUAUUCUUUGUAGAUGAUGGUGCUAAUCCUGAUUCUGACAACCAGAUUUCGGAGUCUGAGGACUCAAAGGAUGAUGAUUCGGAUAUGAGCGAUGUGUGGAUGGAUAGCGAUGAUGAGAAGCUCACGGUCUCGUUGACUUCUGCAUCUAAACUGAAAAAACUACGUCUGACCGAAUCCGAGUCCCUGAUCUCUGGCCGAGAAUACGAACGCCGUCUCCGGGCUCGCUUCCUCAAAAUGAAUCCAGCACCAUCGUGGACUCUGAGCAACGGUCCCGAAGGCUCUGAUUCGGACGUCGAUGGUGAUGAUACAGUCACUCCUCUUGAUCAGCUGCUUGCUCAAAAGACGAGCUAUAUCUCUACCGUCAUGCGCAAGAUGCUGCCUACCUCUGAUAUUGAUAUCACCAGACUUCAAGAUGUCAAUCGCCAGCACCCAUCGAAAUCAGCCAUUCAAACUCUUGAUUUCCACCCUACCCACCCUCUGGUCCUUUCAGGUGGCUACGAUCGCACUCUCCGAAUCUAUCACAUUGAUGGUAAAGUAAACCCGGUUGCUACCAGUCUCCAUAUCAGGGACUCGCCCUUCCAAACGGCAUUGUUCCAUCUCGAUGGGAAGAGAGUGUUUGCGGGUGGUCGCCGUCGUUAUUUAUAUAUCUGGAACUUGGAGACGGGAGGAGUUGAGAAAAUCACAAGAAUGUACGGCCACGGCCAAACUCAGCAGAGUAUGGAAAAUUUUGUCCUUUCACCAUGUGGUCAAUAUGUUGGCCUGAUUGGAAGUGGCGGCUGGAUGAACGUUUUGGGUGCUGAUAAUGGUCAGUGGGUUGCCGGUGCAAAGAUCGACGGCGUCAUUGCCGACAUAUUCUGGGGGGCCGAUGGCAUUGUUACAAUUGCAAGUACCCAUGGCGAUAUCUAUGAGUGGAGCGUAGAGAGCAGACAAUUUAUCAAGCGGUGGAAGGAUGUUGGUGCCGUUGGUGUCACUCGGAUCGCAAGAUCGGGCCGGUGGUGUGCGGUUGGAGCAUCUAAUGGUAUGAUAAACGUUUAUGAUCUUUCAAACCCGAAACGUGGUAUGAAGAUGUCAGAGGAUGAACCUGAGAGCUAUGAGCCACAUUUUGUAAUUGACAAUUUGGUCACAACCAUUUCGUCCAUGAAAUUCAGUCCCGACGGACAAAUCUUGGUGAUUGCAUCAAGGGCGAAACGCGAUGCACUGAGACUGGUGCACGUGCCCUCUUUCACAGUGUUCAAGAACUGGCCGACCUCAAGCACGCCUCUUGGAAGAGUUACCUCGCUGGCCUUCGCCCCCGGUGGGCAGAUGCUGAGCGCGGGUAACGAGAGUGGUCAUUGCAGACUCUGGGCCCUUAAUCACUACCAAAAAUAA